GGGAACAAUUCAUCUUCAUGUGUUGGGGAGGGGGGGUGACUUGGACAACAAACAGGAAAUGCCUGGUUCAAUUGCAGCCGCUGCUGAUACAGGAGGGGACUAGAAGCAGCAGCAGCGCCUUGUGAGCAACGGGACUUCCAUUCCAGCUUGUGCAUUUUCCCCACAAGGGUUCCUGUUACACUGCAGCCAUGGGGUUUGGCUCCCUCACGUCCAUCUCCAGCAUCAGAAGUCUCUCCAUCUCAUGCAUGGGAGUAACAGUUCUGCUGCAUCUCUCUCUGUCAUUCAACGUUGAUGUGAAAGAUACUAUGACUUUUAGUGGCCCUGUUGAAGACAUGUUUGGAUAUAGUGUUCAACAAUUUGAAAAUGAAGAGGGAAAAUGGGUCCUUAUUGGUUCUCCCUUGGCUGGUCAGCCCCAAAAGAAAACAGGUGAUGUCUAUAAAUGCCCUGUAGGACAGGGCAAUGGUUUGCCAUGUGUAAAAUUAAACCUGCCAGCUGACACUUCCAUUCCUCAAGUUACAGAAGUAAAGGAGAAUAUGACUCUUGGGUCAACCUUAGUGACGAAUCCCAAAGGAGGGUUUUUGGCAUGUGGACCUCUUUAUGCUUAUAAAUGUGGACACUCCCAUUACACAACAGGCAUCUGUUCCAAUGUUAGCUCCAAUUUUGAGGUUGUGAAUUCCAUUGCUCCAUUGCGAGAAUGCAAGUCCCAGCUGGAUAUUGUCAUUGUCCUUGAUGGAUCUAACAGUAUUUACCAAUGGACAGAUGUCACAGAAUUUUUGAAUCGUCUACUGCAAAAAAUGAGUAUAGGCCCCCAUGAUACACAGGUUGGGAUUAUUCAAUAUGGAGAAAAUGUAACCAAUGAAUUUAAUCUCAACACAUAUACAACCACAGAAGAAGUGCUUGUAGCAGCAAAGAACAUUAAACAGAGGGAAGGACUCCAAACCAUGACAGCACUUGGCAUUGAAACUGCAAGGAAAGAAGCUUUCACAGAAGCUCGUGGUGCCCGGCCAGGGGUACAAAAAGUCAUGGUAGUUGUAACUGAUGGAGAAUCUCAUGACAACUUCCGAUUAAAAAAAGUGAUUGAGGAUUGUGAAGAAGAUAAUAUAAAGAGAUUUUCUAUUGCUAUUCUUGGCCACUAUAACAGAGGAAAUCGAAGCACUGAGAAAUUAGUAGAGGAAAUCAAAUCCAUUGCGAGCUUGCCAACUGAAAAGCAUUUCUUUAAUGUCUCAAACGAAUUAGCUCUGCUUACAAUUGUUGAAGCUCUUGGAGAGAGAAUAUUUGCCUUGGAAGCGACCAAUGAUCAACUGGCAGCCUCUUUUGAAAUGGAAAUGUCUCAAGUUGGUUUCAGUGCCCAUUAUUCUCAGGACUGGAUCAUGCUUGGAGCAGUUGGGGCAUAUGACUGGAAUGGAACUGUUGUCAUGUUAAAGGAUAGCAAUUUACUAAUACCGACAAGUAAUGCAUUUGAUAAUAAAUUUUCAGAAAGAAAUGAAACUCUUGCAGCUUACUUAGGUUAUACAGUCAAUUCAGCCUCUGUACCUGGAGAUCUGCUAUACAUUGCAGGACAACCUCGUUAUAAUCACACCGGUCAAGUUAUCAUAUAUAGGAUGAGGGGCACUGAAAUAGAAAUACUUCAGAAAUUAAGUGGUGAACAGAUUGGAUCAUAUUAUGGAAGUGUUAUCACAACAAUUGAUAUUGACAAAGAUACAUAUACAGAUCUUCUUUUGGUGGGAGCACCUAUGUACAUGGGGACUGAGAAAGAAGAACAAGGCAAGGUGUACAUUUAUUCUUUGAACAAGAAAACCUUUGAAUAUCAGAUGACACUUGAGCCUAUAAAGCAGACUUGCUGUUUGCUACAGAAAGAGAAGGACUGCACAAAUCACAACAAAAAUGAACCUUGUGGAGCUCGUUUUGGGACAUCAAUUGCUCCAGUAAAGGAUCUCAAUCUUGAUGGUUUUAAUGAUAUAGUCAUAGGUGCUCCUCUAGAAGAUGAUCAUCGAGGGGCUGUGUAUGUUUAUCAUGGAGAUGGGAAGAGUAUAAGGAAAGAAUAUGCCCAGCGUAUUGCAUCAGGUGGAGAUGGGGAUAAGAUGAAAUUUUUUGGACAGUCCAUACAUGGUGAAAUGGACUUAAAUGGAGAUGGACUUACAGAUGUCACUAUUGGAGGCCUAGGAGGAGCAGCCCUCUUCUGGUCUCGAGAUGUUGCCCAAGUAAAUGCUUCCAUGAAAUUCAUGCCCAACAAAAUUGAUAUUCAGAAGCUAAGCAGUGACAUGCAAAAGGUGUAUAUAAAUUCCACAAUUUGUUUUGAAGUCAGAUUAAAAUCAAAGGAGGUUACAGUUAAUGAAACAGAUAUACAGUACUGGCUUACGCUUGAUUCACAAAGAAAGGUGUCUCGAAGCCUUUUUGCAGAAACAAAUGAACGGAAGAUACAAAAAAAUAUCACAGUUAGAGGUUCAGAAUGUAUUAAGCACAACUUCUACAUGUUGGGCAAGCCUGACUUUCGUGAUCCUAUAAAGGUUUCUCUGGAGUUUAAUUUUUCUGAUCCUGAGAGCGGACCGAUCCUUGACAGUGAGCUGCCCAACUCAGUGGAUGAAUAUAUCCAUUUCACAAAAGAUUGUGGAAACAAGAAGAAAUGUAUUACUGAUCUACAGCUGACUGCCAAUGCAACCAUAGGAGGAAACAAUUUAUCUCCAUUCAUCAUCAAACUGAAUAAUUUGAAAUUCUGGGUCCAAAUGUUGGUCAAAAAUAAAAAAGACAGUGCUUACAAUGCAAGAGUCUAUGUGCAACAUUCCCCCAAUAUUAUUUUUGCUGGAAUUGAGAAAAUACCAAAAGAUAGCUGUGACACUGGGCAUAACAUCACAUGUAAAGUAGGCUACCCCUUCCUGUCUCCUCAUGAGGAGAUUUUCUUCGAAAUAGCUUUCCAGUUCAAUGUGUCCCAUCUUCUGGAAAAUACUAUAAUUCACUUUUCUGUUACAAGGUUGGUUCCAAUAAUGUCUAUACAACUUUUGAAAAUCAGGAUCCACUCUCUUCACUGUGGGUUCACCCA